CCCCGUAGGUUUAUCACUCCCCCCAUUUCCCCUCCCCGCACUCGACUGCGCCGCCGGAGCUUUCUUCCGCCGCCGCGCCAUGCCCACCCACCCAAGCUGAUCGAUCUCACCCAAGCUGAUGGAGAACGGACGCGUAUCAGCCCGGAUCAGGUCGUCCUCUUCACCUCCCAGCGGCAGCGAGACGGCGGCCGAGAGACUCACCGACGACCUCCUUAUCGAGAUCCUCUCGCGCGUGCCCGCCAGGUCGCUCUGCCGCUUCCAGUGCGUCUCCAAGCACUGGCUCGGCCUCAUCAACGACCGCAGCUACCGCCGGAAGCUGCCCCAGACCCUGGCCGGCUUCUACGACGCGGGUCAAUUGCUAGAUUCAGGUGUUCCUUUCACCAAUAUCUUGGGAAGCCGCCAUCUCACAUAUCCCGCCUUCCUGCCCGGCCGUCGGCUGGUCUUUCUCUUGGACUCCUGCCACGGCCUCCUUCUCUUCUCCUCAUACGUUGCUGGCGACCAUGGCGACGAGAUACGGUACGUUGUGUGCAAUCCCGCCACAGAGGAAUGGGCUGAGUUGCCGGAUUCCGGCUAUUCCGGUGAUGCGUCUAGUAUAAACUUGUGUUUUGAUCCAGCCGUGUCCCCCCAUUUCUAUGUGUUUUGUUUGCCGGUCGUGGAGGUGGAGGACCAACAUGGCUUCUGUAUUACCGGAGUGCAUGUCUAUUCAUCUGAAACCGGGAGUUGGGUUCAUAACGAGAAGAGAUGGAGCGGCAAUAUUGAUGUCGCUAAUGAUCCAUCAAUUGUCUAUCUCAAUGGUUAUCUGCAUUUUUGCGCCAUUGUUGAUGGUUCUGCCCGCCGACUAGCUGCAGUGGACAAGGAGGGGGCAGCAAGGACUGACUUUCGUGUUCCUGAUGAUCUGGAUGUUUGUUUUAUUCAGCAGUCACAGGGCUGCCUGCAUUAUGCUGGUUUUGACAGAGGUGACAAUGAUGAUGAUGUUGAUCAACUGCUAGUUUAUGUUCUUAAAGACUAUGACAGCAAAGAAUGGAUACUGAAGCAUAGCGUCGAAACUUCACAUGUGUUUGGAGGGCGACACGCAGUCAGCCUUUAUGAGGACUUUGAUUGGAUUGCAAUUCAUCCAGAAUGUAACUUGAUCUUCUUCACUCUGGCCUGGGAGGAUAUCACAUUCAUGUGCUAUGAUAUGGAUCAUGGACAAGUUAAAGUGAUCUGCAAUCUUGAAGAGAGCAAGCCACCAUAUUUUCCAUAUGUGCCACUAUAUGAAGAGUUACAAUCGUUGCACAAGUGACGUCUUAUUCGUGCUAUGGAGCAGCGGGCAUGGUCUACAGUUAUUUUGUAGGCACAGACGAGUACUGCAUUGAGGAACCAGCAAAGAAAAAAAGCACAUAUGUACAAAUUCGAGGUAGGCUUAUCAUUUUCUUCUUCCAAUCCAUUUAUCUUGAGAUCAUUUCGCACAAAAGGCAUACAUGAAGACAGUCGUGGAACAAAUAAUAUCUAUUUACUUUUGCCCAUAAAAUCCAUAUACAACGGCUAUAAUACCUGCUGUCUGCAGUACAGUUUAUCCUGUGCCAAAGCUUGUUAGGUGAUUUCGAUUUACUAUGUAAGUUUUUUUUUUUUUGGUUUCUUUCCUUGAGGUCAGUGCUUAUUGCACACUUUUAUGUCAUGUCUCAAAGAAAGGUGUGGAAACAUGCAUUUUUUGGACAUGAUAUUCCUGUCAAAUGCUUCCUAUAGACUAUGCAUCAUGCUUAGAUGAUUCUUCUGUUCAGUACCAGAAGAGCACAAGUAGAUCGAGUUGUUGCAUGCUUGAACCAGCCACACCAAGCCUGAGUUCAGUCAAACCAUCAAGAGGUACCAAAAUGAAUCCGUGCAUGAUUAAAAUUAGUAUUGAAAGGUCUUUAAUCUGCCAAUAAAUGGUUUCCUUAUUUAUACCUCCAAACAUGGGUCCACAGCCUAAUGAAAUUGCAGUUUCUACAUGCAAAGAGGAAUAUUCCACUGUAUAAAUGGUUCUAGAACUAUUAGCUGUAAUGCAUUAUAAGGUACAACCUUAGUUUUAAACAUUUUGCAUACUAACAGAUAUGUAUUGCAAUUUUAAUUUGCGUCCCUGCAGCAAUUUUACUAUUCUUUGUCUUUUACUAUGCGGAUCCGCGGCACCGUGAGAGAGGUAACGCCGGCCGGCGCUUCACCACUGGCUAUUGUUUGGCGGCGGCAAGGAGAAGGGCGCCGAGGAUGUGCUGCUCUGUGCACGGCCGUCGAAGUACAACAUCGCUAUGAUGUUUGUGGUUUCUCUAUUUUUCCUCCUAUUGCCUGUUCCCAGUUUUACAAACUGUUAAGUUGGUGCUUGAUUUCGCUUUCAGAUUUUUCUGUGGCUUUCUCCAUUAGCAUGUUUCUCCUCAACGACCAUAUUAAUCUGGCUGGCGUUUGCACAUGUGAUUUUGGUUGAGGUAUGUGCAAGGUCAUCCCUCUCUAGACUGUAAUUUGUCUGUAGGUUUUUGGUAGAUUUUACUUAUCGGGGGCUAAGGCAGUGGUGAUGCCGCAGGUUGACCGUUUGUGUACUACGAGAGGUGCCACAAUUAUUUUCAUUCUGGCUCAUGUAGUUCAAAUCAGUUUUCAUAUUGAAAGAAAUUUAAGCUAUAUAUGCAUGGUAUUUGGUAAUACUUUAACUGCAGCUUAGGAUACAAACGCAAUUACAUUAAUCAGUUGUUAAACAGGCUACUGGCAUGCUGCCUCUUCCUCUUUAUUUAUUUAUUUUUUUGCGAAAAAUGCUGCCUCUUCCUCUGAUGCAAUGAACACGAGGGAAGUCGCCAACGCAUUCCGGCUCUUCCGGUGAGGUGUCUACUAUAAGCUUGUGUUUUGAUCCAGCCGUGUCCCUCUAUUUCCAUGUGUUUUUGUUGCCGGCUGUGGAGGUGGAGGACCAACAUGACUUCUGUCUUACCGGAGUGCAUGUCUAUUCAUCUGAAGCCGGGAGUUGGAUUCAUAAGGAGAAGAGAUGGAGCGGCAAUAUUGAAGUCACUACUGAUCGCCUUGAUCGGUCAACUAUCUAUCUUAAUGGUUAUCUGCAUUUCUGCGUCACUGUUGAUGGUUCUGACCGUUGUGGACAAGGAGGAGGGGGAGCAAGGACUAACUUUCGUGUUCCUGAUGGUUUGGAUGUUGGUUUUAUUCAGCAGUCAGAGGGCUGCCUGCAUUAUGCUGGUUUUGACACAGAUGGCAAUGAUGAUGAUGUUGUUCAACUGCUAGUUUAUGUUCUUAAAGACUAUGACAGCAAAGAAUGGAUACUGAAGCAUAGCGUUGAAACUUCGCAUGUGUUUGGAGGGCGACACAUAGAAGACCUUGAUGAGGAAUUUAAUUGGAUUGCAAUUCAUCCGGAAUGUAACUUGAUCUUCUUCACUGUGGGCCAGGAUAUCACAUUCAUGUGCUAUGAUGAUGUUGUUCAACUGCUAGUUUAUGUUCUUAAAGACUAUGACAGCAAAGAAUGGAUACUGAAGCAUAGAGUUGAAACUUCGCAUGUGUUUGGAGGGCGACACAUAGAAGACCUUGAAGAGGAAUUUAAUUGGAUUGCAAUUCAUCUGGAAUUUAACUUGAUCUUCUUCAUUGUGGGCCAGGAUAUCACAUUCGUGUGCUGUGAUAUGGAUCGUCGACAAGUCAAAGUGAUAUGCAAUCUUGAAAAAGGCAAGCUGCCAUAUUUUCCAUAUGUGCCGCUAUAUGAAGAGCUACAAUCGUUGCACAAGUGAUGUCUUAUUCAUGCUAUGGAGCAGGGGGCAUGGUAUGUCUGCUUGAAUUCGGUCCUCCUUCCUCUGAUGUAUGCGUGUUUUUAAGUUUGGAGCAAUGGUGGUUCGUUUUGGGGCUGCGGCUGAUUUCUCUUAGACUAGUUAUUCAAAGUUUAAAUGUAUUUUCUGUUGGCUGUACAAGUGUUGUCUCUGUAUUACCAGUGGUUCUGAACA